UCACUUCCGCCCGUUUCUCGGGACGCCAAAAUGGAUGCCCAGCGGGCCCGGGAGCAGCUCCGGCGGCGAUUCCACUUCUUGCCCGACGCCGAGGCGUCACUGGACCGCGAGGGCUACGCCGGGCCGGAAGCCUCUACCGCUGUUAAGAAAAAGGAGAAACCUCUUCCAAGACUUAAUAUCCAUUCUGGAUUCUGGAUAUUGGCAUCCAUUGUUGUGACCUAUUAUGUUGACUUCUUUAACACUGUUAAAGAAAACUUUCACACUAGUAGUUGGUUUCUUGUUGGCAGUGCCUUGUUGCUUAUCAGCUUGUCCAUUGCGUUUUACUGCAUUCUCUACCUUGAAUGGUAUCAUGGAAUUGAAGAUUAUGAUGUCAGGUAUCCAACCUUGAUACCCAUUACAACGGCUGCUUUUAUUGUAGCGGGAAUUUGCUUCAACAUUGCUUUAUGGCACGUGUGGUCAUUUUUCACUCCAGUGUUGUUGUUUACCCAGUUUAUGGGCGUUGUAAUGUUGAUCUCACUCCUUGGAUGACUUCUAAAGGUUUAAGGGCAUCUAAAGUGAAUGAUUAAACAUCCAGCUAGCGGAAAGCAUUGUAGACAUUGUGGAAAAGCUAGUGUGUUUUUGCAUCUUGAAGCGAGUGGUUUCCUGGGAAAAAAUUGCAACUUCAUAGAUCUGUGGUUGAAAUCAGAAUAAAUUAUAUUUCAUUUGCAUAUUCUUAAACUCAAGUGAUUUGUGAAUUUUUCAGAUUCAAAAUAGAAAUAUUCUAUUCAAAACAGAAAUAACUAAUUUGCAAUGUAAAUCUAUUUGAAUCAUUGGAGAAAGUAUUGAUGUAAAAAUUUCAACAAAGUUUCAUUAGAAGUAUAUAAUGUACUCCUGCUACUGUAGAUAAAUUGUUCACUAUUCAUUUUAGGGGCGUAAGAUGACUGUCUAUGUACAUGAAGGAAUGAGUGUCAUGUGCCUUUAGCCCAAUUUUAGCAAUUACUGUAUGUCUCAUUUUUAUAAUGGUUUUGUUAGGUGAGAGGACCAACUGAACGUAUUUUUGUGCAUUCUCAUACUUUACAUUUUAUCAUUGUGUAAAUUAUUGGGCUUUUAGCAUUUUAACUUAUGAACUUUUAAUGAUGUUUAAGUGUGUAUAAUUUUUUCCUUAACAUUUAAA